AAGUGGGUCAUCAAAUAUGUUCCUCUUUGACCUCUGACUCAGCCUUUCACCCCUGACCUGGAUGAACGAGUCAACAGAAGAAGGCUUGUUGCACAUGAUGGAAUCAGCCACCAGUGACCCAAGUACAAGUGGUUCCAGCAGAGUGACUCGGCUCUCUACCAGGAAGCAACAGCAGCCUCCUGUGCAGAUCAUGUCUUGUGUGAAUGAGCCGUACACCUGCGACAAGUGCGGCUACACCACGGGUGUCCGCAGCACCAUGGACGCACACAUGCGCACUCACACGCUUCAGAACUUCUUCGUGUGUGGAGAGUGCGGCUACCGAGCUGCCGACAAGGCCAACGUGCGUCGGCACAUGAAAAUCCACACCGGUGAGAAGCCCUACAUGUGUGACGAAUGUGGGUACAGAGCGGUGGACAAGAAGGCAAUGGAUAGACACGUGCGGACCCACACUGGUGAGAGGCCUUUCGCCUGUGGGAAAUGUAGUUACAGGGCUGCCCGUCAGAGUACGCUCACCCUCCACAUGAGGACUCACACUGGCGAGAAACCAUUUGCCUGCGGAGAGUGUGGCUAUCGCUCGGCAGUAAGGUGCACUAUGGACAUACACAUGAGGAUCCAUACCGAGGAGAAACCUUACGUGUGUGGUGAAUGUGGCUACAUGGCGGCUCGCAAGGGCAGCAUGAACAGGCACAUGAAGACCCACACCGGAGAGAAAUCCUUUGUGUGUGGAAAAUGCGACUUCAAGACGACUCGGAAGAGUAACUUGGAGGUGCACGCGAGGACUCACACGGGCGAGAAACCGUUCGCAUGCACAGAGUGCGACUACAGGGCAGCUGACAAGUCCAGUAUAAACAAGCACGCAAGAAUCCACACUGGUGAGAAGCCGUACACUUGUGGGGAAUGUGGCCACAAGAUGACUCUCAAGAGCACCUAUACCAGGCACAUGAGGACCCACACAGGCGAGAGGCCUUUUCGUUGCCUGGUGUGUGGCUACAGGGCAGCUCAACAGGGCACAAUGGAGAGACAUAUGGCAACCCAUAGAAGUGUCAAGGGUGCCAGAUACCUGAAGGACACAUCUUCAGGGAAACAGGAUGCUAGAAUAAAGAAGGAGAAAUAGUACAAAGGAUGUAUUCUUUGCAUGUGCUGGUAAUUCAUGACUGGCCAUAUAGUAAAUGUCACAUAUAAUUCUAUUAAUACCUAGCAUUAGGGUGCAAUCUGGAGUGGUUUUAUGAGCAUUGGUAAGAUAUGUAAAUAAUUCUUUGGCCAAGUAAGCUCACAUUAAUUUUCAUAUUACUGCCAUCUGCUGAGGACAUUUUGAUUUGUGAGCAUUGGAAAGAACUGUCAUUUUGUAGUAAAUAUCCAUGUAAAUAAUUGGUUAGUUUGAUGAUUAUUGAUCCCAUAUUGUACAUGAACUACUUUGUAUAUAGGGCAGAUUCUUUUUACCUGCUUUGUGCACUUAUUUUAGACAUUCUAGAAUCUUAUGUAGUAGAGCUUUUAGCUGAACCAUAAACAAUGUCACGUGUACAUGAACUUUGCAAAUGGUUUGUUUUUGGACAGGCAAGGUUAUUUUAGGAGUAUGAAUUGAGUAUGGCACAACUACACUGACCAUACAUUAAUCUCACUAACAAUGGUGCAAAAUUAAUACUAGUAUUCAA